AUUCUCGAGAAACAAACAAAAUAGCUAACUGGACCAAUUACAUCUCUUACAAAAGCAGAGAGCGGGAGGUGAUAGAUUAGAUGGUCACUGGCCCAGGAUGCUUACAAAAUGUCAACUUUUUAUUUUUGUAAUAACAAAUAAAAAACAAUCAAGGUAUAGAGCCUCGGCUCCGACUUGUACACCGAAAAUAAAAAUCAAGGUAUAGGGUCUAAAUUGAAAAUUAAUAAACUACUGAACAAUCAAGUGAAAUAACAUUCCAUCCUCUUAUGAAUUCUGUGCCGAACACCCCGGCAGAUUCUCGCAAUCGGGGGGUGACCUCUUUCACUUCUGUUUAUAGUAGCUGGUUAUGGGCUCAGUUUGGUCCUCUUCUUGACAGUUUCGACUCUACUCCGUAUUGCGGGAGUUAUUCCUCCUCCUUCUGUUGCUGGUUGCGAUACCAUUUUUUGGAGACUUUCUCUGUCAGGUGAAUCUAUGCUUCCUGUGCUUUGGGACUGUGUCUAUGUUCGAGUAAGCUGGGAGAAGCUCCUUAGCAGCUCGUCUCGCCAGCGCUUCUUGUCCCAGCCCCUCCGGGAAUGGUUAUUCUGCAAUCUACGAGCUCCUUUGCGUUCCUGGCGGUAUGUGCAAUGGACUAAACCCCCAGCAGGUUUCCUUAAAUUAAAUACCGAUGGAGCAUCUCAUGGGAAUCCAGGUUUGGUGGGAGCGGAUGGAAUCAUCCGUGACAAGAACAGGCAUUGGGUUAGUUGUUUCAUGAUGAGUAUUGGCAUCACCUUUUCGAUGAUGGCGGAGCUUCAGGUUAUUCUUGCGGGACUCAAACAUGCAUGGGAGUUGGAAUGCAGAAGACUCAUUCUUGAGGACUCCUUGGUAGCUCGGAAUAUCAUUAUUGGCAGGAUGAAAUGUUCUCCUUCUUACGAAGGCUGGCGGAUGAUAUUCGUUGUUUGCUUGAUCAAGAUUGGGAGGUCUCGUUACAUCAUGUCUUGCCAGAAGAAAACUCAAGUGCCAAUUGCCUCACUUGGUGAGUGGUCUCUCUUCCGUUUGGUGUUCAUGUUUUAAAUUAUGUUUCUAAUGGCUUAGGUAAUUUGUUGCAUAGUGGGGGUUGUUAUUCCCCGUCUGUGUUUGGUGUAAUUUCUUGAAGGGCUUGGCCCCGUUAAUUUACCAAAAAAAUAAUAAUAAUAAUAAUAACAUUCCAAAUAAUUUCAAAUUUGUAGCACUUUACUCAUCCACCAAAAUCAACUUAAUGAA